UGCUUUUAAGGCGUUAAAUUAAUAAUUUUAACUUUCCAAAAGCAGUGCACAAAAUGAAAACAAGUGUUGCUGCAAACAAGUGCUACCAAAUUUGAAACGCCAUGUAGUAGUUUUUAAACAACAAAGUGCGUGCGAAUAUUUGCCAAGGCGUAUGGCAAAAAAAAAAAAGAAAAGCAGCAGCAGCGACAACCACCUAAACAAACAGCAGACACUUUGCGUUUUAGAUUAUUACAGUCCAAUCAGUUCCUAUUAACGCAAUUAGCGUGUCUGUAUCGUUUAACUAGAGUUGCGUAAAUUACGCACUGAUUGUUGGCAUUAUUUGUUAAGGCACAGCAAUUACGCCGAGUACAAAUAACACACCGCCGCCGCCAAACCCACCGAAAGGCAAGACGCAGGCAAGCGGAGAGAACAAUAGCAGGAACACUUUUGUCGCUUGGCCCUCUAGUGCUGGUGGCGAGAGAAAAGCGACAGCUGUAUUAUACUCAAAGCUAAAGACGUUAACAAACAAUAAAAAAAAACGGAAAAACGGUCGACCGACCUUCGCCUGGCGCGCUAAGUAAAAAUGGUCUAUAAAAAUUGUGCAUUAUAGACUGAAAUUAGUCAUAGAGAGCUGGUGGAGACUGAACGCCUGCUGCAGCAUUAGCCCUAACGAAUUAGCAAUGAGGCGGCGCUUGAUGUUUACCUAGAACCUUCACGUGCCCAGCAAAAUGUUCAAGAUACGUCAACGUAGCUGCAUGUUAAUAGCCACGGUGCUAAUACUAGCGCCUUGUGUUAUAAUCUUGUUGGUCUUGGGUCCGGAACUAUCCACCGAACAGUCGCUGACGCAACGUCUUGCCGAAUGCCACAUGCGUUUGCAAUAUUUGGAGUCCAUGUAUCGCGCACGGCAGGAGGAUGUUGGCUUUUUUCACAGUAUCUUGGGCCAGCUGCAGUAUAACAAUGGCAGCAAUGUUACGGUAAUGAGUCCGCCACCACAGCCAGUGGCUAAUUUGCUGGAUGCACUCAGUCCGGAGGCGCGUCAGCUGCUGCGCAAUGCAUCGCAUGUGAGUAAAGCUGUAGCAGCAGGAGCGGGACGCAAUCAGAACAUACGUCUGCCCAAUGCGUAUCACUUUUUGCCGCAUUUGUUGGAUGAUCCGGCCUCGUUGCGACCCGCUUAUCUACAAAGCAAAGGACGCAGCGAUGUCAGCAUUGUGCUGGGUGUGCCCACAGUGCGACGCGAGAAGCAGUCCUAUCUGCUAGGCACACUGCAUAAUCUCAUUGAGAACAUGAACGAGGAGGAGCAAAACGAAACGCUCAUUAUUGUUUACAUAGGCGAAACGGAUGCGGAGGCGGUGCAGUUUAUAGCAAAGCAAAUCGAGGGUAGCUUUGAGCCGCAUUUGGAGAGUGGACUGAUUGAUAUUAUAGCGCCGGCGCCUAGCUACUAUCCAAACUUUGAGCGUUUGCGCAUUACGCUCAACGAUCCGCUGGAGCGCGUCAAGUGGCGCAGCAAACAGAAUCUCGAUUUUGCUUACUUGAUGGCCUAUGCGCAUGCCAAGGGCACGUUCUAUGUGCAGCUGGAGGACGACAUACUAACCAAGCGCCAGUUUAUAACUACAAUGAAAAAGUUUGCGCUCAUCAAGAGCGCGCUGACCAAACCCGAUCAACCUGCCUGGUUUGUGCUGGACUUUUGCCAGCUGGGAUUCAUUGGCAAAAUGUUCAAGAGCGCCGAGCUGCCUUAUUUAAUCACCUACUUUCAAAUGUUUUACAAUGACAAACCUGUGGACUGGCUGCUCACCUACUUCAUUGAGUCCAAGGUGUGCCGCACGGACAAGGAUCAGAAGCAUUGCAAUCAGGAGAAAGCCAAGUACUGGCAGCACUUUCGCAAGUCGCUGUUCCAGCACAUAGGCACCAGUUCCUCGCUUAAAGGCAAGGUGCAAAAGCUAAAGGACAAACAAUUUGGCAACAAGGUGCCCACAUUCUAUGCGCAUACGCACAAUCCGCCAGCGCUGGUCAAGUCCAACAUUGCGCCCUAUAAAAAUUAUCUCAUCAAGCGCGCCUAUCGUGGCGAAACCUAUUUCUGGGGACUGCUGCCGCAGCCCGGCGACAUGGUGCAGUUCAUCUUUGAGCAGCCCACACUGCUGCGUCAUUAUCUCUUUCGCAGCGGCAACUCGGAGCAUCCAUCGGAUCGUUUCUACAACACCACCGUGGAGCUGCUGCCAGCCGACAGUCUGAGCGAAAACUCUUCGGUCUGGAGCAGCUACAACACCACAACAGAUGGUUAUUUAAUUGUGGGUGCUUUUGAUGCCAUGGGCGUUGCCGAGGGACUGCUGGAUGCCAAGAUUGGCGCGCUCAAGGAGCUGCGCUUGCAUGUGCACAGCGACAGCGAGAACUGGGCGCUGCUGAGCGAGAUUAAGCUGGAGGAGGUGGGCAGCAAUGUAGCAACCUCCGAUGCUAAUGCGGCCAAGCCGCGUUAUACUGCAGGCCGGCUGAUUGCUGCAUCGUCAUCAGCUGCCAUAGCAGCGGGAUUAGCGUUAGCACAUCCCAAUCUAUUUUCAAUACAAUCUAUAAUAACCUAAGUACGUAAAGUAACGGUAAUUUUAUUUCAGCAAUGGCUAAAAGACUUUCGCAUUGAGUUUCUAAAUUAUUCCAAUAUUUGUAUUUGUUAAAUUGUUUUAAUUAUUAAGCUAGAUUUCCCGUUACUUUAUGAUCUGCGGCUCUAUAUUUGUAUGUCUCUAUAUGUCUAUGUGUAUACUGUGUAUAUUUUUGGAGCGCUACUUUUAAAGCCCACACUCUACAUGUCUGUAAAUAACCAAAAACUAACCAUUUGUUUAAAAGAAUUUUUGAUAAACAGAAAUCUCAACUGUGCAACAAGUGCCCCUUCAAAUCUUAAAUAAUACUGUACAUAGAUCAACAAAAUUUAAUAAUUUGUUGUGCUAUGCAACUUUUCAUUUAAUUCCUAGAUGUUGUUAUAAUUUCAAAAAUUAUGCUCUAGCAUUCCAAUUUGUUAAAAACGUUUUGCGUCCCAAGUUUAUGUUUUUUUUUAAAUUUAUUCUUAAGCAGCCAUAAGCAAACGAAUAAUAACUUUAGCAUUGUUGCUUUUGUUAAAUGUGAUUUGUUAAUUUUUAUGCAUUAGCCCAAUGCAUUAAAUACUAUAAUAUAAA